CUGAGCAGCAGCUCUGGAAACAGGAGAGGAAUUCCAGUUUGGACCAAGAGGAACCAGAACCUCUGCAGAUGAAAGAAGAGCAGCUAAAGCCAGAAGAUCCCUGGACUAAAGAGGAAACCAUGGAGCUCCCCAUCAGUGAGCAGGAGGAGCAGCUGCUUCUCAAGCAGGAGGAAGGAGAGACAUUUAUAGGGGAAAGGGACCACAUUGAACCAAUCAGGAACCAAGUCAUCUGUCAGGACUUUAGUGGCCUUCAGGACCAGGAACCAGAAGAAAUUAAUCCUAAAGACUCUGGAUCAGACGAAGGAUCCAAACAUUAUCAGAGAUGUCAGAAAACAUACAAAGGACGGAAGAUUUAUGAUUGUCUGUCCUGUGGGAAAAGAUUUAUGAAGAAAUCUUAUCUUGAUAUACACAUCAGGACUCACACUGGGCAGAAACCUUUCUCCUGUGAAAUCUGUGGUAAAAGUUUUACUGAAAAACCUAACUUGACUCAUCACAUGACAUCUCAUUCUGGUGAAAGGCCUUUUUCCUGUAAGACCUGCGGAAAAAUGUUUAAAAGAAGAGAUGUUUUGAAUGAACAUAUGAGAACGCACUCAGGGGAGAAGCCGUUUGGAUGUCCGUUGUGUGGAAAAAGCUUUACUAACAAAACUAAUCUUGACAAACACAGCAGAACUCACUCAGGUGAGAAGCCGUUCUCCUGUAAGAUUUGUGAAAAAAGUUUUUCUGAAAAAGGCAGCCUGACCGACCACAUGAGAACACACACAGGGGAGAAACCCUUUAAAUGUCUGUUCUGUGGAAAAAGCUUUGCUCAGAAAUCUGUUCUCAGCAGACACAUUAGAAUUCACACAGGGGAGAAGCUCUUUUCUUGUACGAUUUGCGGUAAAAGUUUUACUGAAAAGGGUAGUUUGACUCAACACAGGACAACUCACUCAGAUGAAAGACCUUUUUCAUGUAAGACCUGUGGAAAAAUGUUCAAAAGAAGAGCUUUAUUAAAUAUACAUAUGGCAACUCACACAGGUGAGAAACCUUUUAAAUGUCUGUCCUGUGGAAAAAAUUUCACUAAGAAAAGCAGUCUUGAUCGACACAUCCGAACUCACACCGGGGAAAAACCUUUCUCCUGUAAAAUCUGUGGUAAAAGUUUUACUCGUAAAAGCAAUCUUUCCUCUCACGUGACGGCUCACGGUUAGAAAUGGUUUUUAUGCAAAGCAAAAAAGAUGAGAACUCGGAGGUGUUAGACCAGUGCUUUCCAUCCCUGCUCCUCUGGGCUCACCGCCCUGCGCGUCUUAGAUGUUUCCCAGCUUUCACACACCUGAUAACAGAUGAAACACAAUCAUCUGAAUAAAGUGCAGGGCAGUGUGGGGUGAAAAACACUGUUAGACACCACAGGAAGGAA